AAAAGCAGCGUGGAGGCGAAGAAGCAGCAAGGAGGCGUCGUAUGAUUAUUUAAACGAGUUUUAUGACAAGACCACGUUGGGGUGUAAGAUCAAAAAUCAAAGCUAACAAGGAUUUGGUGAUGGUACUUAAUCCAGCUUUUAUGAGGUAUGUUCAUGACAGGUGGCUGGAAAAGAAAGGUUAUUACCCCUCCACUGGCUUUCUGGCCUUGAUUUUUGCCCUGCAUAUGUGUGAUGAGGUCAGUGUGUUUGGUUAUGGAGCAGACAGUGAUGGAAACUGGAGUCAUUACUGGGAAAAACUCAUGAACAAAGACUUAAAAACUGGAGCACAUCCUGGAGAUACAGAGUAUAGAAUGAUCCAGGACCUAGAUGAGCAACAGAAACUCAAGUUUUAUACAGGGUUCUGAUGUUUCUCUUAGCAUUUAAAGGAAGGUUAGCAGUAGGUAACAGUAGAAGAACUUGAAGGGCUACAUUUUUUCCACGGUAAAGACGGUUAAGAUACCAAUCUUUGUGUUUUUGCACGUGUAUGUAAAUCUCCUGGGUUUGCUAGGCAGAUCCUACUUCUGGAGGAGGAUUAUUUGCCUGUGUUAAUGACUGGAAGACACACUAUACAAUCACAGUAUGUGUUUACACUAUAAAUAGCCAACUAGUGUAGAAUGCACAAGUCAUGAUUAGGACAAGUAUAAUA